GCCCUCGAGAUGCAGAGAGCGAUCCUCCAGCGGUGCCGCCGACUCGCAACAACCCACUGCGCUCCGUCGCUCGCAUCUCCCAAGGCUACUGCAAAGUCCCUUAUCCGCCGGCCUCAGCAUGCACGCCUCGUCUCCUCGUCGCCCGCCCCUCCGCGCAAGCUCGUACACGACCCGGAGUUCGACGACAUAGACUCCCUGGCGGCCGAAGACUUUGGAUCUUUCUCAGUGGUAUUUCCUCCGGAGCCUUACAAUUGGGACGUGCACAACGCUCCCAAGCCCACCCCUCCGCUUGCUCUGCCACCCAGUUCCAUCCCUCCAUACGUGAACAACCCACGCCAAGUCACGUACCAGGGCCACGGGAGGAUGGACCUACACGGCGACGACGCGAGGAGGCUAAGAGAGUCGGCAGCGCUGGCUGCGAAAGUUCUAGACUGGGCCGGAAGCCUGGUAGAGGUAGGCGUCACCACGGCCGAGAUCGACGCCAGAGUGCACGAAUACAUUCUGUCGCAGGGCGCGUACCCAUCCCCUUUGACAUACUCUGGCUUCCCCAAGUCCUGUUGCACGAGCGUGAACAACAUUAUCGCGCAUGGCAUACCCGACGACCGAGAGCUUGAGAAUGGCGAUAUCAUCAACAUCGACAUCACGGUGUACAAGAAUGGAAUGCACGGCGACACCUCUCGCACUUUCCUCGUUGGCGAUGUCGACGACAAGGGCCGCAACCUCGUCAAGACCUCUCUAGAUGCCCUUCAUGCGGGCAUAUCUGUCUGUGGACCGCAUGUGCCAUACAAGGCCAUCGGACGCGCCAUAGACGACGUCGCUCGUCGACGCGGGUACUCAAUCAGCCAGAUGUUCACCGGGCACGGUAUCGGUUCCGUUUUCCAUCGGCCACCGUGGAUACACCACACCGUCAAUGAGGAGCCGGGCGUGAUGCUUCCCGGACAAUGCUUCACCAUAGAGCCAUGCCUGAUACAAGGUACGAACACAGAGGCAUUCAUGUGGCCGGACGGGUGGACAACUUCAACUCUUGCUAAUUCUCCACGAAAUCACCAGAACUGCGCAAGAAGUGCCCAAUUCGAGCAUAUGGUCCUCAUCACAGAGACAGGAGCGGAUGUCCUGACGCGCUGGCCAAAUCCAUGA